CGCGUCUUCGUAGCACCCGCCCUUGCCGUCACACUACAGAGAUCGAAGCAGGUUGACGACGGAACAGAUCGAGAGAGAGAGAGAGAGAGAGAGAGAGAGAUGGGCUUCCUCCGCGCUCUCCACCGCUCCAAACCCUUGCUCCGAUCCCACCUAUCCGCCUCCGCCUCCCUCCGAUGGGUCUCUUCCUCCACCGCACUCCAGAGGCCCGAGUCCGCAGGCCUCGCCGCCGAACCCGCCGACCCGCCCCCGCGAACCCCUGUAGGCGGCGCCAGGUUUCACCUCGCCAAACCCGAGGAUGCCAUUGAGGUCUUCGUCGAUGGAUAUCCCGUCAAGAUUCCCAAGGGCAUGACCGUCCUCCAGGCCUGCGAGGUCGCCGGCGUCGACAUCCCCCGGUUCUGCUACCACAGCCGCCUUUCCAUAGCCGGAAAUUGCCGCAUGUGCCUCGUCGAGGUCGAGAAAUCCCCCAAGCCCGUCGCCUCCUGCGCCAUGCCCGCCCUCCCAGGGAUGAAGAUCAAGACGGACACGCCGGUGGCGAAGAAGGCCAGAGAAGGGGUGAUGGAGUUCCUCUUGAUGAACCAUCCACUGGACUGCCCGAUCUGCGAUCAGGGAGGUGAAUGUGAUCUUCAGGACCAGUCUAUGGCCUUUGGAGCGGAUCGCGGACGGUUCACGGAGAUGAAGAGGUCGGUGGUUGAUAAGAAUCUGGGGCCCCUUGUGAAGACGGUGAUGACUCGAUGCAUCCAAUGCACCAGGUGUGUCAGAUUUGCUACUGAGGUUGCUGGUGUUCAGGACCUGGGAAUGUUAGGUCGUGGUAGUGGGGAGGAAAUAGGGACUUAUGUAGAAAAACUUAUGACUAGUGAACUCUCUGGCAAUGUGAUAGAUAUCUGUCCUGUUGGUGCUCUGACUUCUAAACCAUUUGCUUUUAAAGCUAGAAACUGGGAGUUAAAGGGAACAGAGACUAUUGAUGUUACUGAUGCAGUUGGAUCAAAUAUAAGAAUUGACAGCAGAGGUCCAGAAGUCAUGCGAAUCAUUCCUCGUCUGAAUGAGGAUAUUAACGAGGAGUGGAUAUCAGACAAAACACGUUUUUGUUAUGAUGGGCUAAAAAGGCAAAGAUUGAAUGAUCCUAUGAUUCGUGGUUCAGAUGGACGAUUUAAGGCAGUGACUUGGCGAGAUGCCCUUGCUGUGGUUGCUGAGGUUGCACAUCAAGUGAUACCUGAGGAAAUUGUUGGAGUUGCUGGUCGACUUUCUGAUGCAGAAUCUUUGAUGGCACUGAAAGAUUUCUUGAACAAAAUGGGAUCAAAUAAUGUAUCAUGUGAAGGUAAUGGCAUCAGUCCUAAUGCAGAUUUACGUCCUAGUUAUCUUCUGAACACAACAAUUGCUGGUCUUGAGAAGGCUGAUGCUUUUCUGUUGGUUGGUACACAGCCAAGAGUAGAAGCCCCUAUGGUAAAUGCAAGAAUCCGAAAGACGGUGAGGGCAACUCAAGCAAAAGUAGCCUACAUUGGUUCUCCAUCUGACUUCAACUAUGACCACCAGCAUAUUGGCACAGGCCCUGAAACCCUCCUUGAGAUUGCUGAGGGCCGCCACCCUUUCUGCUCGACCCUGCUAACUGCAAAGAAUCCUGUUAUCAUGGUUGGUGCUGGAAUCUUCGAAAGGAAAGACAAAGAUGCCAUUUUUUCUGCAGUUGAAACCAUAGCAAAGUCUGCUAAAGUUGUUAGACCUGAUUGGAAUGGCCUAAACAUCUUACUCCUCCAUGCUGCUCAAGCUGCUGCCCUUGACCUUGGCCUUGUAUCCAGUCCAAUCGAGAGCAUCCAAUCGGCCAAGUUUCUUUACCUGAUGGGUGCCGAUGAUGUGAAUUUAGAUAAGCUUCCAGAUGAUGCAUUUGUGGUUUACCAAGGUCAUCAUGGAGAUAAGGGUGUUUACAGGGCUAAUGUUAUUUUACCUUCUGCUGCAUUCAGUGAGAAAGAAGGCACAUAUGAGAACACCGAGGGAUGUUCUCAAUGGACUGUUCCUGCUGUUCCCACUGUUGGCGAUGCAAGAGAUGAUUGGAAGAUCAUUAGAGCCCUAUCUGAGGUUGCUGGGGUUCGCCUCCCUUAUGAUAACCUCGAAGCUGUCAGAGCCCGGAUAGGGAUGGUGGCUCCAAAUCUACUGCACGUGGAUGAGAGAGAGCCAUCCACGGUAUCAUUGGAGAUGAAACCAAGUGUUCAACAUCAGAUGAGCCAUGCACCGUUCGAAGCUGUAGUGGAUAACUUCUACAUGACGGAUUCUAUUACUCGGGCUUCAAAGAUAAUGGCUCAAUGCAGUUCGAUGCUGCUGAAAAAGUGAAGCUUUUCACCAGGAGUUGAUAGUACAGGUCGACGUUCUUUUUAGUCUCUGGAAUUCAGAGAUUAUCUGAAUGCUAGAAUUUGCACCUGUGACUGCCAAGCUACUUUUGUAUUCAUAAAUGGCAGGGAAACUAUUACCAUGUUUUCCUUUCGCAAGAGAAACAAGUUUGCGAACUUGUAGAUGGCACCAAAAAAUAUUGCCUACUGUUGAAAGAUAUUUAUUAAUAAAAUGCUUAAGAUAGCGGCAAUGUUUUCCUGCCUUGGCAAUA